AUGGUAAACAAUGAUGCAUCCUCAUGGCCUCCUCACGCCAACUGGAGGGAAUGGAAGCUGGACACGCUGUGUGAUUUGUACGAGACGUUGACCAUCACUCAGGCUGUGAUCUUCUGCAAUACAAGGAGGAAAGUAGAUUGGCUCACGGAGAAAAUGCACAGCAGAGAUUUCACCGUGUCCGCUAUGCACGGUGACAUGGAUCAGAAAGAGCGUGAUGUGAUCAUGCGCGAGUUCCGCACGGGCUCCAGUCGCGUGCUCAUCACCACCGACUUGUUAGCACGUGGUAUCGACGUGCAGCAGGUGUCCCUUGUGAUUAACUAUGAUCUGCCCACAAACAGGGAGAACUACAUCCACAGGAUCGGACGUGGAGGCCGAUUCGGUAGGAAAGGAGCUGCCAUCAACUUCGUCACCAAUGAUGACGUGCGCUGCCUGCGAGAUAUUGAGCAAUUCUACGGCACAAAAAUCGAUGAGAUGCCGAUGAAUAUAGCCGAUCUGAUUUAGCCCAGCCAGUUCUAGCGAUUAUGACACUAGCCCGAGGUUAGUGUCUCUCUCUCUUUCUCAGUGUGACGACGGCGACUACAUUGUGGAUUCUACGCGGCAUAUAUAUUUUCCAGGCGAGAUAUCAGAUGUAUACACGGAUUCUGCGACUGGAUGAUUCUAGCGAUAUUUAUUUGUCCACACACACAUUGACGUUGUUAUACUUAAA